AUGGAGGUGGGCAUUGAGGACUGCCUCCACAUCGACUUCGAGUAUAAUAAAUCCUUCUACCACCUCAAGGAUAUCAUCAUCGGCAGGGUCAACUUCCACCUCGUCAAAAUCAAAAUGAAGAGUAUGGAGAUCGCACUCGUCAGGAAGGAGACCUUUGGUACUGGCACCACCACCAAGACCGAAACUGAGACCCUCGUCAAGUACGAAGUGAUGGACGGUUGCCCCGACAAGGGAGAGUCCAUCCCCAUCAGGAUGUACAUGAAGGGAGUGCAGCUCGCCCCCUCCUACAAGAACAUCCACAACAGACUCUCAGUCAAGUACUGGAUCAACCUUGUCCUGCUCGAUGAGUAG